GUAUGCGCUAGGCCGAGGGGCGGGAGGAGGACGAGGCCGCCUGUCUUGAGCCAUGGGGGCGGCCCGCGACUGCAGCCAGCACAGGGCGGAGAAGAGAGGACCUGGCUGGCUGGCUGGCUGGCUGGGCGGCCGAGCGCUGCCUGGACCGACCUAGAGCACUGGCGGAUCUCCCCCUUCAGCUCUUAAGCUGCUCGAAGGCCGUCGGCGUCGGAGCGCGGACCAAGAGCCAUCAUGACGGGCAGUAACAUGUCAGAUGCUCUUGCAAACGCUGUUUGUGAGCGCUGUCACUCUCGCUUUGAUCCCACGGAGCGAAUUGUGAACAGCAAUGGGGAGCUGUAUCAUGAAAACUGCUUUGUCUGUGCUCAGUGCUUCCGUCAGUUUCCAGAGGGACUUUUUUAUGAGUUUGAAGGGAGGAAGUAUUGCGAACAUGACUUCCAGAUGCUCUUUGCACCCUGUUGUGGGGAAUGUGGUGAGUUCAUCAUUGGCCGUGUUAUCAAGGCAAUGAACAACAACUGGCACCCAGAAUGCUUUCGUUGUGAGAUUUGUGAUGUGGCUCUUGCUGAUUUGGGCUUUGUGAAGAAUGCUGGCAGGCACCUCUGUAGGCCUUGCCAUAAUCGUGAGAAAGCCAAGGGCCUGGGCAAGUAUAUUUGCCAGAAAUGUCACUUGAUAAUUGAUGAGCAGCCUCUGAUGUUCAGGAAUGACUCCUAUCAUCCGGAUCACUUCAGCUGCACACACUGUGGGAAGGAGCUGACAGCUGAUGCCAGGGAGCUGAAGGCGGAGCUCUACUGCCUGCCAUGCCAUGAUAAAAUGGGCAUACCAAUCUGUGGAGCCUGUCGCAGGCCGAUUGAGGGUCGAGUGGUCAAUGCUCUAGGGAAGCAAUGGCAUGUGGAGCAUUUUGUUUGUGCCAAGUGUGAGAAGCCAUUCCUAGGACACCGACACUAUGAGAAAAAAGGUCUGGCUUACUGUGAGACUCACUAUAACCAGCUCUUUGGAGAUGUCUGCUAUAACUGCAGUCAUGUGAUUGAGGGGGAUGUGGUAUCGGCUCUCAACAAAGCCUGGUGUGUGAACUGCUUCUCCUGUUCCACCUGCAACAUCAAGCUCACUCUGAAGAAUAAGUUUGUGGAAUUUGACAUGAAGCCAGUGUGCAAGAAAUGCUAUGAGAAAUUCCCUUUGGAGCUGAAAAAACGACUGAAAAAGCUGUCCGAGCUGGCCACUAAGAAAACUCAUCCUAAAGCUCUGGAUUUAAACUCUGCUUAAACAUUUCAGUGGUUUCUGCUGACUACACUCAUGUUAACCAACUGCAAAAUAAAACUAUGAGAAUGGCUUGAAGGACACAAGGCAAGCAAAUACUUCCCAGUAAUAUCUUGCACUCUGCAUAUUGUUCUCAUUUGGAGUAUGAUGUGGAGUCUUAAGCUCUCCUUAGCAGCUGGGAGAGGCUGCACUAGCCUUUGCACAAAGUUAUGUCUUAAGAUUUUUGCCAUUUGUCUCUUAUUUUUUAAUGAGGUUCAGGUUCAAAAUGUUAGUUUCCUCCUCUUCUUUUUUUUCUUUUGACCAAGAAAAACUAAGAUCAGCCUGAGCAAAACUGAAUCAGAGCAGUACAAAGGUGGACUGAAAAGGGUAUCCAGUCAUUUCUGAGCUCAAAGUCACCCAUUCCAAGCUGUUUUCCCCUUACAGGGGGAAGAAAAUACAGGAUAAUGCAUAGUGUUUUUUACCUGUAGGUGAAAAGCAGCUUAGGGAGGGUGGUUUUGAGCUGAAAAUUGGAUAUAGAAUCAAGGAUUAAUCAGCCUUUCUCUUCCCACCUUUCAUUCACCAACUCGCAGCUUGCCCUUGCUAUUUAAAACAAACACAGAAUAAAUUAAUAUGGAACUCCAUGCAACCAUAGCUGGUUCCAUGUUAUCUUAAAAACUACAGGUAACUAACAUGUGGGGCCAAUGAGAACUAAGUAGUAAUUUCCUUAAAACAUUUACAAAUUACAUUAUUAGAAUUUUUAUAUUGUUCAGCACAAACUUACAUUAUUGACUGUUUCUACCUACUAUAGUAGCUAAGUUGCUGUUGAUUUACUUUUUUAUAUUAAUGAAACACAUCAGCUGCUGAAAAAGUUCAUGAUGUUUAGCUUUCCCUCCUCUACUUUCUCAAAGAUAUGAACCAGGAAUAGAGGAUCUGAAUAGAUCAAAGAGAGGAACUGUAAACCCAUAAUUCUAGACAAAGAGAGAGAGAGACUAUUUUUUGGAGCGUGCAUUCAUAGUAGUUGGGGGGAGAGUUGUUUCUAAGCUUUUACACAUUUGCUCCUAGUUCUGCUUCUUCACUUAUAAUGCAGGCAUCAGUAAGUGUUCUAAUAUCAACAAGAGAUUAGGAAAUCUCUGGGAUUUCGUCCUAGGAAUGAUUUACCUUACAACUCACCUUCAUUUCAGUGUUGGCUGUAAUGUGAUCCUGCUUAGCUGCUCUAGAGCUUAGAACUAUGUGCUACCUUAGCUAAUCCUCAACCCUGGGGAAGGUAUGCUUAAUUUGACUGAGAAGGAGCUGAGAGGGAGAUUGUUGAAGGGAGGAGGAGCAGGUGGAUGACGGGCGACCACCCCCUCUUCCAACCACUGAUUUUUCUUCAAAUGCCCAGCAUUACCAGACAAGUCCACCUUUAGGAAGUUCUUAUUUGCUAGGUUAUGUGUAGUUCCAGUCAAAGUGGCAUUGUUCUUACCAAUUUCCAUGACAGUCAAACGGAACUAUUUACGUCCGUAUGGUAGAAAGUUAUAGGAGGAAAAAUUAGCCACUAAGUAAUUGUUGUUUAAAGCACAAUUUGCCUUUAUUAAUAUCUUUACUAUAGCAACAGAGUAUGGUGUACUGUUUCCACUGUGACACAGAAGGAUCCAUUUUUAUAUUUUCCUUAGCACUAAGACUGUGGUAGCACAGCUAAUAGCACAAGUUGAUUGUUUUUCUUGAGAAUAAUCUUUUGAAUAUAAACACAAGGAGCAGCAUAUGUUCCUGGAUAUGUCAGGGAAUACACACUGAUUUCACUUGCCCCCAUUCAGAGUGCUCUGUGUGCUCUGAUCAACACAUGGAAGUUUUGUGCAUGUGUGUUGCCAUAUUCAUUUCAGUGGGGAGAACAAGAACACGUGUAUUUGUUAAUUCAGUUGAAAGGGAUGAGGCAGCUCUGGAGGGUGGGGAAGCUUUGUGUGACCGUUGUAGAGCCCAUCCCCAAAACACAGGUGGGUGUAACUUUCUACAGUGCAACUGAAAGAACAAAGCACACACACUUCUGUCCAGAAUUCAUUUUGAGUCUUCCAUGCUUGGAAAAUGUUAACUGUACCUGUAUCAUCUUCCUACAACCAUAGCUCUUGUUCUGUGAUCCAGUUUUAUGUGAAAAAAUGGUAUUGAGCCAGACAGUGGAUGGGCAAUGGUACUGAUGGAUGGGCAAUGGUAUUGAGCUAGUUGAGCCAGACAGUGGAUGGGCAAUGCAGCUUAUUGGGCAUCUCUUAUUAAGUAACGAAUGUGGACAGACAACAUACACACAUAGAUUUAUGCCUGAUUUUCUUCAUCCAGCGAGUGAUAUUGAUCUGCUGAUCUGGCUUGGGGUGUUUUGCACCCCAAGCCAGAUCAGCAGAUUUAAGCAAAAUUAUUUGCUUAAAGAAUUUUAAUGUGGUGAUCUGUGGAAUCGCUGGUUUCAUGAUACCCUUCUUCCUUCAAAGACUGGAUGCCACUUCAGACAGAUUUUCAAGACACCUGUAAUACUGUAUAAAGUAUGUGCUGUGCUUUCAAAAUAAAAUAAUAUAAUGGGAAAAUGUUACAUUAAGAUAUGAUUAGUAAUAAAGGGAAAUACCCUGGUUUCCUAUUAUAAAGAAGGUUAGCUUUGGAAUUCCAUAUUUCAUUCUGGCUUCUGUGGAAUUGCAAGAAAGUAAAUGGCUUGAUGGAGCUGCGGUGGCUCAAGUGGUUAAGACGCUGAACU